ACCAUGAUCGCCGCGACGAGAAGCAUCUAUCUGGGGAGGAAGAGGAAGAGAGGAGGUCAGAAUAACAACAACAACAACAACAACAGUGCCGAGACGUUACCUGGGAACGGCUUGAGAUCGAACCCUUCCAAGAGACACCGAGACCGUCUGAACACUGAGUUCAACAACCUCCUGCGACUGCUCCCAACCAGCGAGGAUGUGGCCGACCGCCUUGACAAGCUCUCCAUCCUGCGCCUCAGCGUCAGCUACCUGCGCCUCAAGAGGUUCUUCGAAGUUUCUCUGCGGAACGGAAAGACGUGGGCUUCUGUGGAGCCACCGGGAGAGAAGAAAGUGUCUGUGAGCGACACAGCUCAACUCCUGAGAGAGAGUGAUCUCCUGCUACAGGUGCUGAAUGGGUUCAUUAUAGUGGUGGUCGGUGACGGUUGCAUAUUCUAUGCAUCGGCCACGAUACAGGAGUAUCUGGGCUUCCAUCAGACUGCCGUCAUGCAUCAACCUGUUUAUGACCUUAUUCACCCCGAGGACCGUAUUGAAUUUCGACGUCAGCUUCACUGGGCCCUAAACCCUUCUCCGCUCAACAACUGCCAACCCUCCAGAGGUGCCGGUGGCCAGGCUGAAAGCCCCGUGAGCUUCGAACCUCGUCACCUCCCGCCUGAGAAUUCUGCCUUCCUGGAGCGAAGCUUCGUGUGUCGAAUGCGGUCCCUUCUGGACACGGCCUCCGGUUUUGUGCCACUGAAUCUCCAGGGGAGGCUGAAAUAUCUUCACGGACAGAACAAACGGGGGGAGGAUGGCUCGCUGCUCCCCCCUCAGCUUGCCCUCUUCGCCGUAGCCACCCCUCUGGAAUUGCCCUCCAUCCUGGAGAUACGCACUAAAAGUGGGUUGUUUCACACCAGACACAAGCUGGACUUUACCCCUGUCGGGUGUGACACCAAGGCAAAGAUGGUGCUGGGCUACACGGAGAUGGAGCUGUGUAUGCGAGGCUCGGGGUAUCAGUUUGUCCAUGCGGCUGACAUGCUUUACUGUGCUGACAUGCACGUCCGGUUGAUGAAGACCGGGGAGACUGGGUUGACAAUUUUCCGACUUCUGACCAAAUGGAACGAAUGGGUUUGGGUCCAAUCCAACGCCCGGUUGGUUUAUAAGAACGGGAAACCGGAUUCUAUCAUCGCCAAACAGAGACUCCUGACGGAGAGAGAAGGUGCCGAUCACUUUGCCAAGCGGAGCCUGGCAUUCCCUCUGACCUUCACCAACGCAGACGCAGCGCUGUACGGCACCAGCUCCCCCUUGACCUCCUUCGCCAACCCUCACCCGUUGGGCGCUGACAAACUGGAGCAAAGCGAGAGGCUCGACCCCAACUCUCUGUUGGGAGUCGUGAUGAGCCAGGACGAGUCCGUUUACAUCAGCCACCUGGCGCCACGCCAGCCUAGGCUCACCCUGGACAGGACGGCUGGGGCUGGAGUUGGGCUUUGGGCGGGCGGGGAUGGUCUUGAGGGUCUCCCGCACGGAGAGGCUGAAGAGGAGGAGAUCAGCACCAACUGCAAGCAGGAGGAAGACCUGUUGUCCAUUCUGGACGAGGUCCUCAAGACCGACCUCGGGGAGGGAGACAAGGAGAUACCCAGCGUGCUGGAGGGGCUGGGGCCGGAGGACUUGGAGCUGAUGCAGUGGGUGGAGAGGACCUUGACCAUGGAGAUGGACGCCGGGUUCCCUCUCAACGACCUCCUCACCAACGACCAGGUGCUGUCUUACGUGCAAAGCUCCCUGGUCUCGAGGGAGCGGCCAGCGACAGACCACCACCACCCAGGCGGGGGGCUUUGCCCACUGGCCGUUGUGGGCUCGCCUCUCUCGGAGUCGGGUUGGCGGGUGGGCGGGGGCAAGCUUGCCCCAGCCCCGGCCCUCACUCCGCCUCCCCUCCCUCGCCCUUGUUUCGCCGCCCAGGCAGCUCCGUCACCACCUUGUGAACACCAACGCAGCCGUCGCCAGCGGGAGGUUGCCCGCCAACACCAACACCAACGCCUGCCGUUGCAUUCGGGCUGUCCCUGGGCCAGCCAGGAACCCUUGCGGCACCCGUGCAUGCAGGAGCAGGAGCUCCAGCGCAUGCAGCAGCAGCAGCAGCAGCACCAGGCAGCCGCGAAGGCCAAUGAGCGCCUUAACGGCGAAGUGGGGGUGCGAUUCUGCGGGUUCCAGCCCCACCACCCGGCCCCCGAGACCCUUGGCCCUGACACUUACCCCGCCCCCCGCAACUGCAGGCUGCAACCCCCAAGCGACACACCGCCCUUCGCAGGGACCCUCGCCACCGUCGGACCCCCUGCGUGGGGCGGAGGAGCACCAACUCCCCACGGCCUCCAUGGACUCCCCAAGACUCUGGGACGAACAGACUGUCUCCUGGGAGCCCAGCAAAACGGGGGGGCGUUCCUGGUUUUCGGGCGCCCACUGGCUCCUCACCCCCCAGGGCACCCGGCCUCGGUGUUGCCCUCAGCCUCGCCAUUCCUCUCUAGAGACUAUCCCCACCUUCGCCCAAGCAACCGGGAGCACUGGCAUUCCAAUGAUCUAUACAGGAUGAAAGAAGACUUGCCGGGCUUCCUGGCAUCUCACCCGACGGAAAACGGCACCCAUGUCUUGGGAAACAGCUUCGCGCAGUAAUGGGGGAGCCAGACAGAUCUCGGUGUCUCGGAGGUUACCACACGUACACAGCCCAGCGAGCGCACAACUUUCACGCUCUGCGGUUUGAGCGGAGGAAUGCGACUCUCCUCCCUCCAUCAACCCUUCUCUUCACACGA